AUUCGAUCCAGCAAAGACCCGAAUAGAGCUAUUUCUUCUACAGUAGCCCUCCCGAAGAAUCAAUUUGGCCGUCUCCUCCGACGACAAUGGCGCAAGGUGCCAUGUGGAGAGCCCCGGCGCUCUUCUCGCGAUGCGCCGCGCAGACAUCUAAAUUCAGCCGAUCGAGCAGAUCCUUCUCGAGCACUCCUUCUUACUCUAAAGAGAUCCUCCCCCCCUUUAAACCCUCAAGUUCUCCCGAAUUGACCGAGCUUCUGGAAGUAUUUCGGCAGAAGCUAUUCAUUCCAAUGUCACUGAGUCUUCGACACAAACGAUUAAUGUUCAAGCAAAAAUAUGCACAGAAAUUACAAGACAACCCCAUAUCUGUCAAAGUUGGCGGCCAAACCGAAGAAUCCUAUCUCCUGAAGCCCAUGAAACCCGAAGACCAGCCCGGCUCCGCCGAGUUUAGGAAAAUGGUUUCUUUGAUGAAGACUCGCGAGGACUGGCUCAACAUUAUUCCAUUUCUGACCGGACUACAAAAUUCAAAGCGGCCAUUUGCAACAAAAAAUUUGGUGUGGCUAGUUCGCAAGGCCGGUCUAGCUGGGCAAGCAAGCGUGAUGGUGGAGAGUGUGAAGCAAUCGAAGAGAACUGGUCUUACCCUGGCCAAUGUUGCUGUAGCAAAAAAUCUAUUUUUGGCAAUUCGCUACAAGGCACAGGAGGCGAAUUUUAAGGGUGGUGAGGCUGAGACAGCUUUGCGACAAGCUCGUCAAAUGGCGGACCUUUUCGAUGCUCCUGAGCAUACCGCAGCUGAUCGGAUGAAUGACGCAAAACAUUCACCUGAGAUCAUUGCAAUUCUACUCGAGCUCAGCGCCGCCAACACUCUCGACUCACUUGGGGGGAAGGACGUUGAAGGACAAGUUCGAGCAUAUGCUACCAGGCUUCUUAGCACUUGGUCGUUCGGGAACUUCGAUGUCCCCGCCCUGUGGGAGACUGCUAACUUUAGACUCCUAGAGUUGAUUCCUGUGUGGAAUGGUAUGAAUCUAGCUCUACAGGUAGAUGAAAUCAAGGCCGAUGCCGACUUGUCCAAUGCCUUACGAUCUCGAAUGGGUGAGCUUGGGAAGACAAUCGAAGCCUCUGUGGAAAAAGUGACGAAGGAAAGCGAUAGUGCGGAUCGAUCGGGUGUUGUAUUGGCCAAGCGACUGUAUCAUAAGUAGUCACUUCUUACUUGUUUGAGAGGCCGUGUUUGGGGUGUCAGAGGCGUUUAUACUGUACAAUAUUUGUUACCUUUGGAUAAAAUAUUGAGGAUUCAUGCUUGGCAGCCCUGAUUGUCGGUAUUUGCCCUUGGAGAAAAGAUUUCAUUGAUAGAGCAUAUCGAACAACAUAUCCACAGUACACAAAGAUAGACAUUAUGAACCAUUGAAUCCUUCUAGUCACAGAGUGCAAUGGUAUUAUCAUCACGAAUCCGAGCCUUGACACCUAGUGAGGACUGUCCGGAGACGACAGAGGGCCCGGUCACAAAUAUCUGUGACUGCAAUUAGCAUACCAAUUUGCCC